GUGUCACUGCGCGUCGACGCGACAGUGUCACCGAGAGUCGGUGAAGGAUAAACUGACCGCCGACGGCAGAAUGGGCACCCCGAGUCAAACGCACAAACUACUGCUCCUGACAGUCUUCUUCUGUGGUGCACGAGUAAGCGUUAGCGUCGCCGCUAGCACAGGAGCCGUGCUGCAGCCAGGGGCCCCCGUCGGCUCUCCGCUGACCCUGCGCUGCACCUUCACCACCCCCACGGAGGCACUGAGGAUCAGGGUCAGCUGGGAGCACUGCCCCAAGCCUCCCUACCUGUACUGCCGUUCGCGCUCCUCCUGCUUAGUGGCAGCCAAUCGGAACUCCUCCAGUCUGGCCUCGGCCAAUGAGAGCGAGUGCCGGGAUGGGCAUGUGUGGCAGGUGGCUGGCCCCUCCUGGUCUAAUCUGACCCUUGGGAAGCCGGGAGUGGAGGACAGUGGCUGGUACCACUGCACGGUCUCCAUGGAGAUCCCGUCGCUAAGGAAGUUCAACAGCGACGGCAACGGGACACAGGUCGAUGUCAUUGCUCCCGGAGUUUCUCCCCAGAAUGAGGAGUGUUUUUGUGUGCCCUGGUGGGUUUGGGUCAUCGUGGCGGCCGGGGUCUUGAUCCUGGCUGCCGUAAGUGCGGGGGUUGCUUGCGCAUGCUGGAGACGCAGAAGCCAGACAACAGAGAACCCAAUCUACAGCAAUAUAAAUCCAACGCCCAAGAAUUGUUGCCCCGACACGCUACCCAAGCACCCAUACUCCAAACGCCCAACAAACCCACCGAAGACCAAGGCCCAUGGACUGGGAGGAAGCCGGUGACCUGCCCAAAGAGAGCCACACGCCGAACAACCGAGGAUUCAUACAGAUUUGGAUCCUUGAAUCUCCUGUGUCUCUUCUCAAUAUCAAACAGGACAAUGUGUGGCAUUGUGGUCAGGAAAGGUCACUUAUAACUAGCAGCCUGUAGCCUAGUGGCUAACGGACAUGCCUGGGACCUGCAAUGAUUGGCAGUUUGAUCCCUGCUCUAGCCACGAUCAAAUCCGCACAGCCAUUUGGCCCUUGAGCGAGGCCCUUAACCCUGCAUUGCUCCAGGGGGGGGAUUGUCCCCUGGUUAGUCUAAUCAACUGCAAGUCACUUGGCAUGUGUAAUGCAAUUGAUUCUUAUACAGUAUGUAUUACAUGUUUAAUUCAAGAACUGUUUUUUUUAAUCUUGACAUUUUCCAAGCAAAAUGAAUAUGAAUUAUGAAUAAAUACGUACAUUAACGAAUUAACAGAUAGAAAAGACUGAACAUACAGGACUGUGCAAAAGUCUUAGGCACCUGUAUAAUGCAAGAUUCUUUCAAAAAUAAUUAAAUGAAAGGUCCUAAAUAAACGUACCAUACAUUUUACAUUACAUUUUAAUAAUAUGGAAGAAUAGUUUUUUUGUGACCACCCUUCGCCGUUAGAACUGCAUCGCUUCUCGGAGAUAGCCAACGCUGUCCUGCAGUUCUAUGAGACAAUCAGCAGGGUGGUUGUUCCAAGCAUGUUGGAGAACUUGCCACAGUUCUUCUGCACUUUGGUUGACUCCUUGCUUCUGAUCUCAGACAGCCUUGAUCAAGUUUUUUUUUUAAUUAAAUACAAAAAUGUCUCUGUAAAAUAAAAUCUUUUGGAAAAGGAAUAUUUGGAAAUCUCAAAUGUGUUAUUUUAUGCUAACAUAUAUAUAUAUAUAUAUAUAUAAAAGAAAGUCUAGGGUGCCUAAGACUUCUGCACCGUACUGUACAUUAAGCAGAAACAGAACAAUGGAACAGCACGGAGCAUCAGGACAUUACACGCAAGGGAAAACCUACGGAUUGACAUACAUUUACUGUAACUUUACUUUACUCAUUUUUUUGUGUAUCAGUAUUUUU